AUGCCGGCCACAAGAGCAAAAGCCAGCGCCUUGCGCGCCAAAAACCCCAAUACCAAAUUGCUCAAGCAGGUUACCAACAAGCCAGCACUCAAGAGCCAGAAAAGGAAAGCCAGCGCAAAGUCAGUUGCCAAUACUGCUGCAUUGAAGGAAAUCGCUGGGAACGCAACCACUUCCUCGACAUCGCCGGCUUCAUCGACACCGAAAGCUGCUUCUACAUCCGCAUCAAACUCGCCGUCUCAAUCCGAAACGCCACAAGACGGUGUGUCGAAAGCUGAUCUCCAGACACUCAUCAGCAUCUCCAGAAAUGGACAGAAGAAGCAGGAGAAGCAGCUCGACAAAUUACUCUCUGACGUCGCCGCCCUGAAGGCUUAA